AAGCUGAGUUCCUCCCAGUCCGAGACCCAGCGGAGCGGAGAGCGCGAGGAGCGUUAACGGCUUUAAUAAACAAACAAACAGGCAAACAAACAAAGAAGAAGAAGAAGAAGAAAAGAUGGUGGCCAAGCAGAGGAUCCGCAUGGCGAACGAGAAGCACAGCAAGAACAUCACGCAGCGGGGGAACGUGGCCAAGUCCACGAGGAACCUGGUGGAGGAGAAGGGAGUUGGACCGUGGCUGCUGGCGCUCUUCAUCUUCGUGGUCUGUGGAUCAGCCAUCUUUCAGAUCAUCCAGAGCAUCAGGAUGGGCAUGUAGGGUGACGUCACCAGCAGGGGGCGGGGCCUGAACUGAGAAAGCAUGACGUCAAACAUUCCUCAAACAUUCCUGAACUUUGACCUCUCACAGAAGCCCCGCCCCGCUCCCCGUCUAGCCCCGCCCCCUGCCGCAUUAGCCCCGCCCCCAGAGACCGGCCCGUCGUGCCGCUGCGCUCCACCUCGUGCCUUCCUCUGUUUACCUGGACGCAGCUCCGCCCCCUCCGGAUGCGCCUCAUCAGCCUGACGGCGGAGGGAGGAUGGGCGGGGUUAAACUCCAGAUCCAAUCUGUCUCCUCCUCGCGGACCUGACAGGAAGUGACCUUUUGAAUCAGAAGGUGUAAAGGUGCCGACAGGUGAGGCUGCACCGUGUGCAGCUGCACCUGAACAUUCCUGAUCCACCAAUAAAGUUUCACUCUGAACAUCA